AUGGCUGUGGCCGAGUUAAGUUACAGCGCUUCUCAAAUAGAUCGUUUGACUACUUGUCCCGUUUGUUUGGAUCGAUUUCGUAUACCUAAGUUACUUCCAUGUAUGCACACGUUUUGUUUAACGCCGUGUCUCUCGAAUUUGGUUGACCCGCGUGCGCGAACACUUCGUUGUCCCGAGUGUCGUCAAGAUCAUGUGAUACCGUCGGGUGGUGUCAGGUCGUUUGCCAAUAAUCUAACAAUGAUUGGUUUUAUCGAUCUACAACAACAACAACAACAAAAUCGAAAUAAUAGUCAACAACAAAAUUCGACGCCGGAUCAAUGUUUUAUUUGCAAAGAAAAAAAGCAGGUUAUUGUCAAAUGUAACGAUUGUUCAAAAUUUAUUUGUUCCGAUUGUAAAGAAGGACAUUUACGUGAAGCUUCGUAUAAUAUAAGCCAAUUAGUUAGUCAAAUAAGGCGCAGUUUACCAAAAUUAAGUGAAAAAAUAGGAAACUAUGAGCAACGUGUCCACCAGGUUCAAUCAAAUCACGAACAAGUGGCGAGAGAAAUCGGUGCAGCAGUGCAGACGUUGAUCGAUGAGCUUAAACAUCGAGAAGCCGCUUUACAUACAGAAGCGGAAGUUUACAUGCAAUCUCAGUUGAGAACAUUUCGUUUGCAAAAAGAAAGUGCUGAAGUUGAAUUGGCUAGCGUUGUCAGUUUUUGUGAAUCAGUUGAGAGUUCAUUGACAAACAAUCAAACUCCUGCUGAUUCUGAUUUAUUGAACAUGAGGUUGCAAUGUAAUCGUUAUGCAGAGCAAAUCGAAUCUCUUCGUAAUCAAAUUCCAACUGAUGUUCAAAAGCUGCGUUUGAUAUUCGAUAAUCAAACCGACAUCUCCAGAACAAUUCAAGAUUUUGGUCGACUAAUUAAUCCCGAUGAACAGCCACGGCAAUUGUCAAAUCAACAUUCUCAUUCAGCUCCUCUUUAUUCCAAUACGAAUUCAAUAACUAAUUCAUUUGCCUCACCGCAACUUAUGAACGAUCAAUGGCGUAAUCUCGAAGAUUUAUACUAUUCUUCGGCACGACGUCCGCCACCUCCGCCUAGUUUAAGACACGCCCAUAAUCCUUUUCAAGGCAGCGCGGAUAAUCCAUUUGUCGAUCUUAAUUUAUCUAUUCCUCGAACAUCUUAUACAGCAUCGUGGGCAACCAAUGAACCUACUACCAAUCGUCGACAAACACCUGUGCGACAAAUAUCAUCGAUAUUUGGCCCAAAUCCAUUUGAAUCAUCUAACGUUCGGGCAACACAGUCGCAACCACCUGUAGCUCAACAACGACGAACUAUCUCAACUACUGCUGCGCCGUCAUUAGGUGGAGAUAAUCGUCCUAUUUUUGGUGGCGGAGGUAGUGGAAGAGGAAGUGGUGCAGAACAGUCAAGCGUUUCAUCUCAAAACCGUGAAUCCGAAAUGGGUACCAUGGGAUUACAAAGGCGAAAUACGUUUGUACUCGAAGAGCCUAGUAUGCCAAAUUUACCGCAAUCGGGCGCAGUACGCAGUCGUGAUUCUGUUAAUGUUCAAGAAUUAUAUAAUGUUAGAGCACGAAAUCGUGCACAAACACCAGUAGCAUUCACUGUUAAUUUAAAUGAGAGUGCGCCUUCACAAUCCAAUAGCGAGACACCUGAAGUUUUUGGUGAGGAUGAAACGGAAGUCGGUGAAAAUGAACGAAACAUUGCAUAA